AUGACCGGGAUCCUGUGUACCGAGUACACGACCCUGGCUCCUGAGAAGCAGCUGGAAAAUGCCACCUGGCCGGUGACGGAUUUCAUGCUGGUGGGUUUCUCCAACCUCCCGGACCUGAGGACCACCCUCUUUGCACUGUUCUUCCUCAUCUACCUGGUCACCCUCAGUGGCAAUGUCACCAUCAUCACCAUCAUCCAUGUGGAUGGGACCCUUCACACCCCCAUGUAUCGCUUCCUGGCCCUGCUGUCCCUUUCUGAGACCUGCUACACGCUGGUCACCAUCCCCAAUAUGCUGGCUCACCUGCUCACAGAGAGCCAGACUAUUCCCGUCCCCGGCUGUCGGGCUCAGAUGUUCUUCUUCCUGGGCCUGGGGUGCAGCCACUGCUUCCUCCUUACCCUGAUGGGUUACGACCGCUAUGUAGCCAUCUGCCAUCCUUUGCGUUACUCGGUGAUCAUGAGAUCCACAGUUUGCCUCUGCUUGGGAGCCCUGGUUUUCUGCUCCGGGUUCUCCGUGGCCUUGAUCGAGACCAGCCUGAUCUUCUCCGCGCCCUUAUGUCGCGGAGACCGUGUGGAGCACUUCUUCUGCGACAUCGCCCCGGUCCUGAAGCUCAGCUGCGCCGAAAGUGCCAGCAAAGCGCUGGCCAUCUUCUUUUUGAGUAUCCUCGUGGUGCUGGUCUCCUUCCUCCUCAUUCUCCUCUCCUACGCCUUCAUCGUCGCCGCGAUCGUGAGGAUCUCCUCGGCCGCCGGCAGGCACAAGGCUUUCUCUACCUGCGCGGCCCACCUCACCGUGGUCAUUGUGCAUUUUGGCUGCGCCUCCAUCAUCUACCUGCGGCCUGAGUCUGGCGGAAACCCCAGCCAGGACCGCCUGGUGGCUGUGUUCUACACGGUGGUGACACCGAUGCUGAACCCAGUGGUGUACACUCUGCGUAAUAAGGAGGUGAGGGUGGCUCUCAGGAGGACCCUGGCGCGAAGCCGCGGAGGAUUUAAAUAA